AACCAGGCGCUGCUAGCAGAGCUAGCUUGUUGUUGUUCUGGUGUGUGAGGAGAAUAUUUGAGGCUCUGCAGUAAAAAUGUCUUCACUUCAGUCUCUGGGAGAGUUGAUCAGCUAAAGCGACUAACUGCUGCUGCUGCAGAAAUCUUCUCACCAGGCUGUGGAAACUUUCUUCUCCUCCUCAACAACUUGGAGUUCUUUCCAGAACCAGAGAAGAUAUUCUGCGGUCUUCGUGACAAUCGGAGCUCCAGAAUCAGGUUGUGGCUGUUAGCUAAACACGGCUAAAGAAAACCUGCUACCACUUCAGGAUCAUCCAUCAGCUGGGACUGAUUCAUCGUGUGUUCUUCACCACCUGGACCUGGACAGCAUGGACACAGAUGUUCCACAGCUGGAGCUGGUUAAAGAAGAAGCUCCUGAAGAACAGAGUGCUGGUGUGGACCAGCAGGACCCAGAACACCUCCACAUAAAGGAGGAACAGGAGGAGCUCUGGACCAGUCUGGAGGGAGAGCAUCUCUGUUUGAAGGAGGAGACUGAAGCUGUCGGGUUUCCUGUUACUGCUGUUUCUAUAAAGAGUGAGGAUGAUGAAGAGAAACCUCUGGUCUCACAGCUUCAUCAGCAGCAAACAGAAGACAGAGAUGUUCCAACCAGCAGCUCAGCUGACCAGAUGGCAGCAGAAACUGGUGGAGGAGCAGGAACUAGCAGGAACCCAGAUCUGACUCCUCAUGAACAAACAUCUGAUUCUUCAGAGACUGAAGUUAGUGGAGAUGAUGAUGAUGAUGAUGAUGAUGAUGGUGUGAAUCUGGACUCUGGGUCUGAAACUGGAGAUGAAGAUGAUGACUGGAAUGAGAGCAGGUCUUCUGAGUCAGAUGUUUCAACUAAGAGAGAAGAGACGGAUGAGAAACCUCUGCUCUUACAUUUCCACAACCAUCAAAUGAAAGACGGAGGUGUCCCAACCAGCAGCUUGGCUGGGCAGAUGACAGCAAAAGUUGGUGGAGGAGCAGAAACUAUCAAGAACCUAGAUCUGGACCCUAAUGAAAAGACAUCCAAUUCCAAAGAUGAAGAUGAUGUGAAUCUAGACUCCGAGCGUUCACACUCUGAGCCUGAAAUUGGAAACGGAGACCAUGGCUGUAAUGAGAACAAGUCUUCGGAGUCAGAUAUUAAGACCGUCAACAAAUCAUUUAGCUGCCCUGUGUGUGGUAUAUGGUUCCAACACCAGUGGUCUCUUCAAGAACAUGUGAGAGUGACAAGUCAUUCAGCAGUAAAGUCUUCAGAGUGUUCGGUUAAUACAAAAUGUGUGAAAGAGAAGCAAAGUGGAGGCUCAUGUAGAAAAGUCCAGAAACAACCAAAAUCAUUUAGUUGUGAGGACUGUGGGAAAAGAUUUAGCCUAAAGUCAAGUUUAACCCGUCAUAUGAAAGGCCACAAUGGGCAAAAGCCUUUUGCCUGUGAGCUCUGUGGGCAAAGAUUUAGCCAAAAACAUAGUGUAAAAAGACACAUGAGAGUCCACACAGGAGAGAAGCCGUUUGCCUGCGAGAUCUGUGAAUACAGAUCUACCAAAAAGUCACAUUUAAACACACACAUGAAAGUCCACAUAGGAGAGAAGCCUUUUGCCUGUGAGCUCUGUGAAUACAGAUCUACCAAAAAGUCACAUUUGAACACACACAUGAAAGUCCACACAGGAGAGAAGCCUUUUGCUUGUGACCUCUGUGGGAAUAGAUUUAGUGAAAAGGGAAGUUUAAACACACACAUGAGAGUCCACACAGGAGAGAAGCCUUUUGCCUGUGAGUUCUGUGGAUACAGAUUUACCCAAAAGGCAAGCUUAAACAAUCACAUGAGACUCCACACAGGAGAGAAACCUUUUGCCUGUGAGCUUUGUGGAUACAGAUGUACCCAACAGGCAAGUUUAAACACACAUAUGAGAGGCCACAGAGGAGAGAAGCCUUUUGUAUGUGAGUUCUGUGGAUAUAGAUGUACCCAAAAGGUAGGUUUAAAUGAACACAUUAGAGUCCACACAGGAGAGAAGCCUUUUGCCUGUGAGCUGUGUGGACAAAGAUUUAGCCGAAAGACACAUUUAAAGAGACAUACGAGCAUCCACACAGGGCUCGAGGGAUUUAUUUAA